AAAAAAUCUUAAAUUUUGUUAAAUCUAACGUGUCCUUUUGGAUCUGUUCUCCUCUCGUUGUUUGCCCUGCUGCCAAGUUGGUGAAGCUCUCUCCAGACAUCCUCCAAAUCCCCCGAGUACAAAUUGUCAGGGUUUUUCUUCUUUCUUGGUCUGAUUGCUGGCUUGUCGAUCACUUGUGGAUCGAUCAAUGGAAACGGGAGAAAUGGGUCUUGUGGAAUUGUUCGGCUAUGACAAAGAAUUAAGUUUAAUUCCUCCCCCAGUAUCAUCGGAAAAUUGCGGUUGGCAAGAUAAUGAACGCGAGGACAUGACGGAAGAGGAAUACUGCUCCUACAGGGAUCAAGUUUUGAAGACCGAUGGCUUUGAUGUUGACCGCAUUCCUGGCGUCUCUUGUUUCCACCAAAUUGAACCAUGCAACUUGGAUGAUAAGAGUUGGGAUUACGAAGGGUAUUCGUGGCUUGCAAUCAAGGAAUACAACUUUCGCUUCAAGGAUGCAAAUGCAGGGUUGGAGUUUGUGAAGGUGCUGAAGGCAAUGGCUCAGGGUGCCAACGUAAUUAGGUUUUAUUUAACCCUUGAGGCUAGGGAUCUUGCUGAUGGAGGCAAGACUAAGAUCUAUCAAGCUGUGGUAUUAUCGGGGGUAACUGAGGAUACAGUGUCAUCCUUUAGGCUAAAACCUCCUGAACAUGAGGAAGGUUUUAGUCAUGGAAAAGAAUGGUUUUGGGAAGAUCAUCUUUGCAGUGGUCUGAUAUGUUGAGCUUGACCAGAAGACUUUUCAGGGGUGUCAAGGUCACGGAGUUUAAGAUGGUUGUUAGAAAGAUGAUUUGUGUAAGCUAAAUGCAAAGACAAUUUUUCAGUGUUUACUUAGUCGUUGGAAUGUUGGUAUACUAUUGGUUGCUUGAUUUUGUUUGCAAGACUGGUUUAAUCGUAUGUGGGUAGUUGCAAUGUAUGGCACCUCUAGAACUCCUUCGCGCCACCGUAUAAGCAUUCUCUGGUUUGUAUCGUGGGUUGAAAACCACAAUUUUCUCUCUUCAUAAUUAAUCGGGCUAGGCCAUGUUUCGUUAUGAUCUCAAUCAGAAGACUUGAAUACUACAUUGUAGUUGCACUUGCAGCCGAUCAAGGUUGAUGGGGGCACUUAUUUUUUCAUGUUUCGGAAAAUCAUAGACUCGCAAUUCCCUUGGCUUUGAAA